AGCAGAGCCUCCAUACAGAGCAGCUUGAGUUUGAAACAGAGAGACUUUACUGAGCUCUGAGUUCAGUCUUUCUUUCCUCUAAAAACGGAUCAGCUCUGUUGAUCAGGAGUCCAAAACCGAAGAAUCCUGAAGCUCUGAAGCUCUGAAGUUCUGCAGACGCCAGCAAAAACCAAUACACACUGAGUUUGAGGAGCAGGAACGAAGUGGAGGGAAGAAAAGGAAGGAAAGGAAGAAAAGAAGCAGGAGGAGGAGUAGACGAGUGCAGUGGAAAAAAAAAGAGCUUUUUAGAGGAAACUUUUUAACAGAGCUCUAACUGGGCUACAGAGUGCAGAGCAGUAAGACAGGGAAGCAGACAGACAGACAGACGGACGGACGUGGCCGUGGCUGGAUUUACUGAAGCUGGGCAGCUGUGGGCAGCACCACUGUUAGAUGACUGUUAGUUUGCCCUCAGCAUGCGGAGUGACCCGAUCUUGUUCGCCUCGAGGGCGAUGGAGGAGCUGGUGGCGGAGCUGCGGGUGUUUUUGGAGCUGUUGGAUCGGGAGUAUCUGACUGCAGCAGUGAGAGAGAAAAAACAACAGAUCUCCAACAUCCUGCACAGAGUCCUGUCUGCUAAAGAGCCGCCCUAUAAGGCAGAAAUCCACAGCUCUCUUCCUGCCCCCCCUCAGAUGCCCCUUCCAGAGAUCCCUCAUCCAUGGCUGCCUCCAGAUAACGGUCCUCCUCCGUUGCCCAGUUCCUCUCUUCCUGAAGGUUACUAUGAGGAAGCGGUGCCUCUCAGUCCUGGAAAAGCUCCAGAAUACAUCACCUCCAAUUAUGACUCGGAUGCGAUGAGCAGCUCGUACGAGUCGUAUGAUGAAGAGGAGGAGGAUGGGAAGGGCCAGAAGAUGAGGCACCAGUGGCCCUCAGAGGAAGCCUCCAUGGACCUGGUGAAGGACGCUCGUAUCUGCGCCUUCCUGUUGCGCAAGAAACGCUUCGGCCAGUGGACCAAACUGCUGUGUGUCAUCAAGGACAACAAACUCCUGUGCUACAAGUCAUCCAAAGACCACACCCCUCAGAUGGAGCUCCUCCUGUCGGGCUGCAGCAUUACACACAUCCCUAAAGACAGUAAAAAGAAGAAGCACGAGCUGAAGAUCGUCCACCAGGGGGCGGACGCGCUGGUGCUGGCAGUGCACAGUAAAGAGCAGGCUGAGGAGUGGCUGAAGGUGAUGAGGGAGGUGUGUGCUAGCGGAACCGGAGCGCUGGACUCGGACGGAGCCGGAUCUGGAUCUCUGGUGCACAAGGUGGAGCUGGAGAAGAAGCUGUCCUGUGAUAGGCCGAGUUCAGACGGUGAGCCCGGUCAUGAAAACAGCGUCACAGAUGGAAAAGAUCCAGUUAAAGGGAAGAAGAACAGUAAGUCUGAGCAGAAAGGCACUGUGGGAAAGGGAGCAGGGAAGAAAAUCACCAAGAUCAUCAGCCUGGGGAAGAAGAAGCCGUCCACGGACGAGCAGACGUCCUCAGCCGAGGAGGACGUCCCCACCUGCGGCUAUCUGAACGUGCUGUCUAAUAACCGCUGGAGGGAGCGGUGGUGCCGGCUGAAAGAUAACCAGCUGCUGCUGCAUAAAGACCGGGAGGACCUGAAGACCCACAUGGCCUCGCUGCCCCUCAGAGGAUGUGAGGUCAUUCCAGGCCUGGACUCCAAACACCCGUUCGCCUUCAGACUGCUGAGAAAUGGACAGGAAGUAGCUGUGCUGGAGGCCUCGUCCUCGGAGAGUAUGGGUCGCUGGUUGGGGGUUUUGCUGGCGGAGACCGGCUCCACCACUGACCCGGCGGCGCUGCACUACGACUAUAUAGAUGUAGAGACCACCGCCAACGUCAUCCAGCUGGCCAAGCAGUCCUUCUGUUUCACCAGUAAGCGUGCUGUAUCUCCAAACCCGUACCUGGAUAACCCGGUGAACGGCUACGCUCGCCCGUCCGGCGUGGCCCUGCACUACGAUGACGUUCCCUGCAUCAACGGAUCGCUGGACCCGGAUCCUCGGGAGGCGGUUCUGUAUGAGAACACUGAUCUCUAUGAGAACAUGCCUUCUCCUAAACUGGCCUCCCGCUACUCACCCAAACCCGGCCAUUACAGCACGCCUAAAGCCGUUUCCUCUUCCUCAUCUUCCUCUUCCUCUGCUGCUAACGCUAACGCUCAGACGAAGGGGAAGAAAACCACACUCACCAACGGAUUCUCUGCCAAACAGAAGUUGGACAAGAACCAGACCAAAAAGGCUAAUGGGACGAACGGGUCGCUACCAGUUAAACGCAACAAUUCAAGUAAUUCAAGUGUGGAUCAGUAUAAGUAUGGGAAGAACCGGGUGGAGGCGGACGCUAAGCGACUGCAGCUGAAGGAGGAGGAGCUGCUGAAGAGGAAGCAGGAGAUCCGGAACCGACUGACCCAACUGAAGAAGGACCGGAGAGAUCUGCGCACCGCCCUCGAGAACAACACCGGUAAGCGCUCUCAGGCGUCCCUGACCGAGCGUCUGAAGAAGGUGGAGGAGGAGUGUAAGCUGAAGGAGGAAGAGCGAGUGAAUCUGGAGCUGGAGCUGACGGAGGUGAAGGAGAGUCUGAAGAAGGCUCUGAACGGGGGGGUCACUCUCGGCCUCACCAUCGAACCCAAGACCAGCAGCUCCAGUCCACAGUCUCCAGUGCUGGUGAAACGCACCGUGGAUAACUCACCCCUCUCCAGCUGUGACACCAGCGACACGGAGACGUGCUCACUGCCGGUGAACAGCGCCUCCUUACUGCGGCGCCAGGUCCCGCAGAAAGCCUCUCCGGUGCGGGGACACGUCCUCAGGAAGGCCAAGGAAUGGGAAAUGAAAACCGGCACAUAGACACUCGUUUUCAGCUCGUCUUCCAGCUGUUGUGUAUAUAUUUAUUUAAAGUUGUGCAUAUAGGAAGGUUGUGGAGGGUGAACUGACUGAACUGAUGCAUAGACGGGAAUUGGGCAGGAAAUUAUGAAUAAGAACAAAUUAAGAACAUUUCACUGCAAACUUAUGUGCAAAUCUAAAAUACUGUGGGAUAUGAAGUACCUGUAUUUUGUUUUAUCGGAUUAUUAUUUGUCUUUUUUGACUGAAUAGAAAAAUACUGAAGCAUUCCUGUUCCUCUGUUUCUAAAGCUACCGCUGAUCUCAGCUAUGCUUAGCCUGUUUGACCUGCGUUACGUUUCCUAGAAGCCAUCAAUCGGAAGUCGAAGAAGAAAAAUACCUUUUAAAUAUUUAUUUGUAAAUGUUUAAGUAAAUACAAGCCUCUUUCUGUGUUUGUUUGUGUCGAUAUUUAAAGUUUUAAAGCGUUUUUAUUUGGUCUCACCCCAGAUCCUGCCUUUAUUUAGAGGGUUUUUGUGUUUUUCUUUUGUUUUAUUGUUAUUUUAUGUCUUUUUUUUAUCAUUUUAACGAAAAUUGGCUUCUCUGUGUUCACAUUUUACCAGAACUCAAACACUCAAACACAUUUCUGGACGUUAAUUCAGUGUCUGAACUCCUGAGCUGAAGUCCUGUAGUGAGGUUUGGUGGGAGGGAAGCAGGCGUUUGGCCGGAGCAGAAGCUUUGGGCAGCAGCAGCAGCAGGACGGCUGCCAGGUCAGGGUGUGGCGAAAGUCCUGAACCCCGCAGCUCUUUCCUUCACGCUCAGCAGAACGAGCUCUGCACUAAAACUGCAGCAAUAUUACAGUUAAACCACCUCCCUGAUUCUACACACCUGAUCCACACGGUACCAGUGAAUCAGAUACAGCAGUGCUGCUGGAGUUCUUAAACACAUGAGUGUCACUGAUGCACUAAGAAUUCACCACCAAACAAAAGAGUCCUGCUGGCAGUGUCCUGUCAGUUACGUCUUGUGGGCAGUGUACUGUGGACCAUGUACUUUCAGUCACAUCCUGUGGGCAGUGUCCUGUCAGUCACGUCCUGUCGGCAGUGUCCUGUCAGUUACGUCUUGUGGGCAGUGUACUGUGGACCAUGUACUUUCAGUCACAUCCUGUGGGCAGUGUCCUGUCAGUCACGUCCUGUCGGCAGUGUCCUGUCAGUUACGUCUUGUGGGCAGUGUACUGUGGACCAUGUACUUUCAGUCACAUCCUGUGGGCAGUGUCCUGUCAGUCACGUCCUGUCGGCAGUGUCCUGUCAGUUACGUCUUGUGGGCAGUGUACUGUGGACCAUGUACUUUCAGUCACAUCCUGUGGGCAGUGUCCUGUCAGUCACGUCCUGUCGGCAGUGUCCUGUCAGUUACGUCUUGUGGGCAGUGUACUGUGGACCAUGUACUUUCAGCCAUGUCCUGUCGACAGGGUUCUAGACACAUCCUGUCGGAAGUCACCAGUGUCCUUUCAGUCACGCCCUGCAGGAAGUGUCUUGUGGGCCAUGUCCUUUCAGUCACAUCCUGUCAGCCACAUCUUGUAGGCAGCACCCUGUCAGUCAUGUUCUGUGUGGGCAGUGUCCUGACAGUCCCUUCCUGUCAGUCACAUCCUAUCAGUGACGUCCUGUGGGCAGCGUCCUGUCAGUCAUGUCCUGCUAGUUAUGUCCUAUCAGUCACGUCCUGUCAAUCACAUCCCUUCAGUCACAUCAUGUGGGCCAUGUCCUUAUUGUUGCAUCCUGUGGGCAGCAUCCUGUCAGUCACAUCCUAUGGACAGCGUCCUGUGGGCUAUGUCCUUUCAGUCACAUCGUCAGUCACACCCUGUCAGGUAGCAUCCUGUCAAUCAUGUCCUGUAGGCCAUGUCCUGCUAGUUACGUCCUGUGGGCAACAUCCCAUCAGUCACGUCCUGCAGGUAGUGUCCUGUGGGCUUUGUCCUUUCAGUCACAUCUUAUCAGUCACGUCCUGUGGGCAACAUCCUGUCAGUCAUGUCCUGCCGGUAGUGCCCUGUGGGCCAUGUCCUUUCAGUCACAUCCUGUCAGUCAUGUCCUGCGGGAUCUGUGGGCUAUGUCCUAUUGGUCACAUUGUGUCAGUCAUGUCCUGUGGCCCAUGUCCUGUCAGUCACGUCCUGUCAGCCACGUCAGUGAACACAGUGUUUAAGAACUCCAGCAGCUCUGCUGUAUCUGAUCCACUCACUGUACCACCAGCUCAUCACUCAGUGCAUCUCUAAUCACUGUAAAUGUGUUUCAGUAAGUUUGGUGCUUUUUUCAGUCGUGCUUUUUGCUCUUUGCUCUUAAUCCAGUGAAAUUAAGGAGCGAGACUCGGUGCUUAAUAUAGAAAUAAGGACUGACAGAUUCAUACAGACUACUGCCAGCCAGAUUAUAUUUAAGGCACAUCUACAACUUUCCAUAGAAGCUGGUUUCUGCUGCAGUGAGGCGUAGCGUUUUGAUUUCAGGCUGCGGAUUUUAAACUUACAUGUGUGUGCAGCCCUUCUUUUCUUCUGUCCAUCGACUUCUCAUCACAGGUGUCUGAAUUUUACCAGUUGAGAAUCUUAAGUUAUUUUAAAAAGCAUUGUUAAAACUCUUCAUCAAAUGUAUUAAUUGCUCCAUUAAAUAUUUCAAGAUGAUCAAAAUGCUGCGUAUAAAAUGCUGAAUUUAAUAGUUAUGUCAGUAUUUUGAGCUCCACCCCCUCCCCUACUGACUGAAUGAGUUAAACAAUGUGAACAGUAAUAUGACAUGUAUUGCUUCAGAGUAAAGGGGCGGAGUCAGGGUGGGUUAUUAUGGGGGAUUGUGGGUAAAAUUGUUUGUUUUGCACCUUAAGGAUUUUCUACUUGUUUGUAUUUUGCUGAUCGACUGUUGCUGACUUGGCGACAAAAAAGCUGUACAUAAAAAAUAAAACCUGCUUUCAGACUUUAA